AUGGCUCGGCAAUUUUGGGCGACGGAGGUCGGUUUUGGUGGUGUGCUCUUGCGAAGGUGGCAUUCUCUGAGAUGGCGGUGGUGGCGGCAGUACUGGCAGGCAGCCGGGUGGAGCUUCAAUCUCUGGUCUCAUUCGUUCUUUAAUGGCGAAAACACACAAUGUCACAAUUUUUAUCUCUCUUCGUUUAUACCUUGGAGAGCCCUUCAAUCUUCAGGUGGCACGCAUUGCCGUGAGGGCACAAAAAGGGGAAAGCAAUUCUCCCCGGAAGAAUUCGGCGGAGCUCAAAUUUCCGGCGUUUCUGAACUCCCAACGCCUCAACGCCGGAAAUUCCUCCGCAGAAUGGCUUCAGCACCAUCCGGCUCAAGAACAAGCCCGCCACCUCCUCCUCCGGCUGACGACCAGCCGACCCCAUCCUCCCCGCCACCAGAGCCAUCUCCGCUGCCGCCUGCCGCCCCAUCCCUCAGCUCUGGGAGGAAUCCGGACUUGUCUCCACCGCCGCCUGUGGCACCUUCUGGCCAAUCACCACCGUCGCCAGCCAUCUCAACGCCGAGGUCAAAUGCCAAUAGUGAUGUUGGGCCCAGUCCCUCGUCGGGAGUAUCGGGUACGGAGUUAGCCGUAAUUUCAGGUAUCAUUGGCGGCGGAAUAGUGAUCCUCGCGCUUAUGUUUGUUUGUAUAUUGUGCAUCACGAAGAAGAAGAACAAGAAACGGGAGUUUUAUUUGGAGCAAGGGCGCCCUCCUAAAGGUGCUGAUCAAUACUACAAAGGUCCCAGAAAGAAAAAAGUCAGCCCGACCAUUGACCCACACAUGAAGAUCCCUACUAACAACAGCAGUGAGGACAGUCCAAGUAGCCACUCAAGCCACAACCCAUUCCAGCCUUCUAAUAUGGGUGGCUACGGAGCCAACAGCUUGUUCACCUAUGAUGAGCUGGAGGCUGCUACCGGUGGGUUCUCUCAGGCCAAUCUGCUGGGGCAGGGAGGGUUCGGGUACGUGCACAAGGGGAUCCUGCCCAACGGGAAGGAAGUGGCUGUGAAGAGCCUCAAGUCAGGCAGUGGGCAAGGGGAGAGAGAAUUUCAGGCCGAGGUAGAAAUCAUUAGCCGUGUCCAUCAUCGGUAUCUCGUGUCCCUUGUUGGUUACUGUAUUGCUGGUCAGCAGAGAAUGCUCGUCUAUGAGUUCGUGCCAAAUAAGACAUUGGAGUUCCACCUCCAUGCAAAAGGGCAGCCGGUCAUGGAUUGGGCUUCCAGGCUUCGGAUUGCAGUGGGAUCGGCCAAGGGGCUAGCUUACUUGCAUGAAGAUUGCCACCCUAGGAUUAUUCAUCGUGAUAUCAAAGCGGCAAACAUUCUCCUUGAGUCAAACUUCGAGGCCAAGGUGGCUGAUUUUGGAUUAGCUAAGCUCUCUUCUGACAAUUACACUCAUGUCUCGACACGUGUCAUGGGAACUUUUGGAUAUCUGGCUCCUGAGUAUGCAGCUAGCGGCAAGCUAACAGUAAAAUCUGACGUUUUCUCAUUCGGGGUCAUGCUCUUGGAAAUAAUCACUGGCCGUCGACCGGUGGAUCACAGCAAUAAGUCCAUGGAUAGUUUAAGCUUAGUAGACUGGGCAAGGCCACUCGCAACUAAAGCAUUGGAAACAGGGGAUUACAGGGAGUUAGUUGAUCGACGCCUUGAAGAUAACUAUGUUCCCCAUGAGAUGGCUCGUAUGAUCGCCUGUGCUGCUGCCUGCAUUCGCCAUUCAGCAAAAAAACGGCCACGCAUGAGCCAGAUUGUACGUGCUCUGGAUGGGGACUCGUCACUUGAGGACUUGAAUGAGGGCGUGAAGCCGGGGCAAAGCCAGGCCUUCAACUCGAAUAGAUACGACACAGUGGCCUACAAUGCCGACAUGAUGAUAUUCCGGAAGAUGGUGAUGUCGAGCCAGGAGUUCAACAGCACCGAGUAUGGGGCCACUAGUGAGUAUGGCCUCAAUCCCUCAUCCUCGUCGGCCACCGACUCUGCAGAGCUCGAUUUAGAGAGCCCCCAGAAGCAAAAUCGGUGA